AUAUUCAAUAUUUCAGCGAAUUUAGCUGUAAAGCUGAGACACCCACACGUACAGCAGUCUGUACCUGCCUCUCCCACAGCUCCACCCCUUAAGGCUUUUACAGUUGACACCAAUCUUCUUCUCUCUCAUUUUUUGCCACCAUGAAAACUAAUCACCCAAAGCUUAAGACCCAACUCUUCUCUUGUGGGUUUUUCCGCCAUUGCACCCAAUCCGUUCUCAGCCCCACCAGUUCCCCUCACUCACCCUCUCACCCACCACCACCACCACCACAACCCGAGUCCUCCUCCUCCUCCUCUUCCUCAACCUCCCAAAGCUUCACUCAGUGGAGGUUCCCACUCCCCAACCCCGAUCCGCCACCCGAAACCACCCUCAAGUCCAACCCAGCUCCACAGUGUCCACUACCGCCACCCAUUCCCUUCACCCAACUCCAGGAACUCUUCCACGUAGCAGAGCUCCAGAUCAACACCGGGUCGGACCCGGACCGGCUCUCCGCGCUCCAUCUCCUGGAGCGCUCGCUUGUGCCUAACCCGCCAACCGACCCGGAAUGCCCGCCCGAGCUCAUGCGCGGGGUAGUGGAGAAUUUGAAAACCAAAGCGGGCGCGAAGCCCGCGACGAAAAUUCUGCUAGCGCUUUGUUUGGCAGAGGGCAACCGCCACGUGGCGGUGGAGGCGGGGGCGGUGUCUGCGGUGGUGGAGGCGGCGCCCGAGCUCGAAGACGCGGAGGCGGAGCGUGCACUGGCGGCCCUCGAGCUCAUGUGCACCCUGCCAGAGGGGGCAGCGGAGGUCCGCUCCCACGCGCUGGCAGUGCCGGUGAUGGUGGCCAUGAUGGGGAGGGUAGCGGCGCGUGCCAGGGAGUACGCGAUAAGCGUGCUAGCGGUGAUCUACGGUGACGGUGAUACGGGUAAGGACGUGGCGCCGCCGGAAGAGGUGGCGCGUGCGGUGGUUUUGGCCUUGCGGGAUGAUUGUAGUGCCAGGGGGAAGCGGAAGGGCGCGCUGCUGUUGAAGGCGCUUCAGGAGAACUGACGGACAGCCUCGAUUUGUCUGUUAUGAUGAAUGGGUGUCAGCCAAUAAUAGCUAUGACAUGUCAGUCUUGGAAAAGUGAAGUUGUCUUUUUGCACAUGUGUGAACUGGGUGAUAAUGGAGAGAUGCAACGGCUUGUUUAAGCUUCCAAUUUCAAUAUAAUAAUUAAUAUGGGAGGUUAUUUCUA